AGUGUGUUCAGUGACCGCCGCCCAGCAAGAUGAAGGCCGCUCUUCUCACGGUGAUGCUCAGCUGCGCCCUGGCGCUGGCCUCGGCCUACUACGACCACGACCUCGCGCACCACACGCACACGACGCAGUGCGGACACCUGCCGCUGGCCGCCGUCGCCGCCCCCGCAGUCGCCGCCGCCGCCGCCCCCGCAGUCGCCAGCUACUCGGCAGGCUCCUCCUAUUCGGCUGGAUCCGCCUACUCCGCCGGAGCAGCCUACUCGGCCGGCGCCGCACUCAGGACGGCAGCUCUAGCAGCCCCUGCAGUAGCCUACUCGGCGCCAGCAGUGGCGAGCUACGCAGCACCUGCCGUGGCCGCCUACGCGGCACCGGCAGUGGCCACCUACUCCGCGCCGGCCGUGGUGAGUGCGGGCUACUCUGGCUACUCCGGCGCCAGCAGGGCCUAUGCGGGAUCUGCUGCCACCUCCUACACCUCGGCCAUUAAGUCCGUGGUGGCCGCCCCUGCAGUCGCCGCUGCCCCUGUGGUCGCCGCCGCUCCUGUAGUCGCCGCUGCACCUGCCGUCGUCGCCACUGGCUACUCUGGAGGAUACUCUGGGGGCUACUCGUCUGGCUACUCUGCUGGCUACUCAGGAUCGUCUUACAGUUCAGGAAUCAAGUCCGCCGCAGUGAUAUCCGCCCCGGCAGUCGUCGCCACCGCCGCCCCCGCCAUCGCCUACAAGGCCGUGGCCCCCGCAGUCGCUGUGAAGGCGGUGGCCCCGGCAGUGGCCGCCUACUCGGCCGGUGGCUACUCCGGAUACUCGGGCUACUCCAGUGGCAGCUCCUACUCCGCAGCACGCCUGGGCGCCGCCGCCAGGUACUCCGCCCCCGCAGUCGCCGUCGCUGCCGCCCCCGCCGUCGCCGUCGCCCCCGCAGUCGCCACCGUCGCUGCCCCCGCCUACGCAGCUGGUGGAUACGCCGCUGGUGGUUACGCCGCUUCCAGGCUGGCCUCAUACUCUGCAGCUUCCAGCCUGAGUGCCGCGUCGGCGUACCGCGCGGCUGCGCCGGCCAUCGCCGUGCAGAAGUACGUCGCCGCCGCCCCCGUGGUGGCCGCCGCCCCCGCAGUCGGCGUGAGGUACUCGUCCGCCGCGGGCGGCCUGGGCUACGCUUCCAGCGGCUACGCGGCCAGCGGCUACGCCGGCUACUCCGGUCAGGCGGGAGCCGUGCGCUACGCCGCCGCCGCCGCCCCCGCCUACGUCGCCACGGCGCCAGUAGCCGCCGUCGCUAAGGUGCCCGUGGCCGCCACCGUCGUCAAGCCCAUCGUCAAGGAAUACGACGACCACCCCCGCUACGCGUUCGAGUACAGCGUGCACGACGCCCACACCGGAGACAUCAAGCACCAGUGGGAGCAGCGCGACGGAGACGUCGUGAAGGGCCAGUACUCGCUGGUCGAGCCCGACGGCUCGGUCCGCACCGUGGACUACGUCGCCGACUGGGAGACCGGCUUCCACGCCACGGUCCACAAGGACAGGCCACAGGCGCACCCCUAAGGUCGCCGCCGGACUACCACCAGCCUCGCUCACCCUCUCUGGUCACGUGUCUUCCACAGCCGUGCACGUCAUGUUCAGAGCAGAUUCUCCCUUGUUCCAUUCCUAUCUCCCAAUUCCCGGUGGAUUUUUGACCAGGAGACUUACUCGUGUCUAAAUCAAGUCUACUGACACCCCCAACCUCCUUCCUGCCCACCUUCAGUCGUCUAAAAUCUUGAGGUAACUCUCGCCUGGCCGGCCUCUUUUCGUGGCAUCGACGGAGCACAUCUCAGUAUACAAGUUGUUCGUAAGGCUAGAUUCCAGGUGCACAAGUGGCUCACUACUCCUCUUUCUGACACUGGAAAUAAUUCGCGAAUUUUGCCCCAGAUAAAAGAAAGUUCCUUCGUAUCAACUAAGCCACGAACCUCGCGCCAUGAAAUAUUUCUGCUAUAUCUAAAACAGCAAUGUUUCCGCUUUCGGCUAUAAUUAUUGUUUAUUUUCCACUAUUAUGCCAUUUUCAAGCGUUAGUUGACGUGCGUGAGGUAAAGCCACCAAACAGACCAGCUAUCAGCAUAUAGCUGACAAGCAUGAAACUUUGGACAUGUAGUCGUGCGAACAAGUGGUGCACAAAACGUUUAAAAGUAGUGGCAGAAAUAGAGCACUGCACACUGCAAGCCAACUGUAAUAAAUUAACUUGUCGUAGCAACGAUCAUCAGUAACGACAUCAAUAACAGAGUGCACAUUGAGUCAUUAUUUUCGAUCGUGUCAACACAAAGACCGCUUGAAAAUGGUAUAAUAGCAGAAAUUGGACAAUAAUGGAAAUGUUUCAGAAAUUUUGCACGACUGUGGUAUCUGCCCGAAAAAAAAGUAAUUUCCGUUAUCGUUACUCCCAGAACAUUUAGAAAGCGAAAUGUCGCUCCGAUUUCCGUACUUUUCGGGUUCUGGAAAUAACGUAUACUUAACUUUAAAAAGUACCGUACAGAGAGGGAAGCAGCGAAGCAACACAAAGUAUGAUGCGUUCCGCUGUAACUUGUUUACCAGUGCUCACAUGCGUGAAACCUUUGACAUGCUAUUCAAUGCAGGAAAGAAAAAUGUGUAAAUAACUAUGACUGUAAUGUUGAAGUGGCGUUCUCCCUUGUUUGGAUGUGUUACCUCCAACCUCUCAGUGAGUUCGAAUGUAUAUCCUUCCCUUGUUUCGAAGCGUCUUUCUCAUUUCUUGAGCACUUUGUACUAUUUUCUUGCCCCACAUACUGUGUAUAAUCAGAGGCUGUAAAUUAUGUGAGCUUCUGCCACACAAACUAAAAGCGGAUUCUCAGCAUUAUUAUUACCCCACAAUUCUCCACAUUUCUAACGUCGUGGGAAAGAUGUUCGGAUGUUGGGAACUUGGUUUCAUUUCACGAUGAAGAACAUCUUCAUUUUUCACAGAGCGUGCUUUAUUUUGCUGAGAGAAACCUUUACUGUGAGGUACAAGAUGGGUGCACAAGAGAUUAUGUAAAAAUCUCAGUUUCAGAUUCUCUCUUCCUAUAGCCUCGGGAGGUAGCAAACGAGAAUUUUUUUUCUAUAGGAAUGUUGAUUACCAGUCUGCAAUGCUUUUUGUCUUGAAAUCUUCUUCAUUAUUCCCACAAACUCUUCUUCACAGAAAUUUCCCCUAUUCAGCACUAUUCACCUCACAAUUCCCGCAUAUCUUCCGUUGCAAACGAUUUGUGGGUCUUCCUUUUGAGCAGAGAACGAACCUAAAGAUUCAACAUACAGUCUAAAUCAUAUCAUUGUAUUACAUGUAUAUAUUUAUAUUCACUUCAUUAUUUUCUGGACUACGUUUUGCGUCAUCAGACAUCAAGAAUAAUGUCCUAGACAGUAUUAUAUUUUUCUCAGCUGCAGAAAAUAUUUCUCUGCAGCAUUUUCCGAGAACUGCCGCAUAGUAUAGAGCUCGCUGUCAGCUUAAAGCCAGCUAAUAGUAUCGCUGCAUUUCAUUCGAGGUGUAUUUGGUCGAUGGAAGAUACUUUAUGUUUAGUAAGUGGUUCUUUUCUUAGCAGGAAGUUCGAAGCGCUAGUCCUAAUUUUUGUAUAUACUGUGCUCUUAUCGCUUUCACGUGCAAUCCAAAUACAUUUAUAUACCCAUACACAGAGUACAUUCAUAUAUCAAUUUUACUCACACUGGUGUUGUUCCAGGAUGUGCACAUAUCAUUUUCUAUCGUAUGUAGUUUUUUUAUACCAUGGUGCUGUUCAUUAGCGACAUCAUUUGUAAGUAAUAAUUCAGCUUCACAGCAAACAAGCUUGUAACACAAUAUGCUUGUAUCAUAAGUACAAUUUGAAAUGUAAAUGACAUAUAACUGUACAUAUUAUGUAUACUUAUAUAAAUGUAUGUAAGUACAUGCGUCAAAUAAAUUUUUGAAAUCA